AUGGAGAGCGGUCAGGGAAUCUCAAUUUUCCGAUGGUGGUUGGUCGGAAUCCUGUGGUUGGUUUUUGCAUCCGGGCACUGUCAUAGGGCUCUCGCCUACCGCCCUGGCGACAUCGUUCCAAUGAGUCGCAUGGGUCAAUAUCAUUCCUCCAGGAGUGUGUGGCAUGAUAUGAUUGGCCGUCAUUGCCCGAUCUUCGCAGUUAAUCGCGAGGUGUUGAUGCCGGUACCAAAACCCACAGGUUACACAGGGGCUGAUCCUUACAAAGUAUCUUUUCAGAUUGGGAAGGAAAAAUUUCAUGUUCCAUGGCUUCUUCUGGUGAAUAGGAAAUCUUCUGAGGUUCCAAUGAUAGAAAUGCGUUUGAGGUACUCAGGAAACGACUUUCUUGGUGUGACUGCUCAAGUGGUUGAUAUGCCUCAUCACUACGUGGAAUUGCAUCCAGAUAUUCGCAAGAACUUCUGGGAUAAAGAUUAUUGGCCCAAGCAUGUCCUUGUGCGGUAUACAUGGGAAGAGCAAUCGGAAAUAGAUGUAGCUUCUGGGUUUUAUGUUCUCUUUGGAUCAGGACUUCUGCUGUCAUUUGUCCUCUCAAUAUACAUCCUGCAGUCAUCCCGUGAUAAAUUAGCUAGAUUCAUGAAGGAGACUGUUGUAGACAGCAGCAUGCCUGUCGGAGGGGUUGCAAAAGUUGAAUGA